AUGGAUUACAAGAUGGAAGGUAAAAAUGCAGCAGUUGUAAACGGCGGAGGUGAUACGAUACCCAACGGUGUGGAAGAAGCUCCAGUUGUCGACUGGCACCAAGAAAUAGCGGCUAUGAAACCUAUCGAUGAGCAGUUUCCCGAUGGGAAGUAUCCUGUGGGACAAUGCGAGACCUAUUAUCUUCCGGGGAAAGAUGGAAGAAUAGCUUCCGAUCGGGAAACUAGUCAGGAGAAGAAAGCUCUUGAUGGCUCAUUUGAAGAAAUGUAUCAGGAUUACCGGCGGUCAGCUGAAGCUCAUCGACAGGUUCGGAACUAUGUGAAAUCCUGGGUAAAACCUGGAAUGACGAUGAUCGAUAUU